AUGGGGGAUCCAGGUGCUACUCUGACCUCCACUCCUGACCCUAAAGCCAUGCAACACAAACUCAACCUGCUGUACCCUGCUCCUUUUCUGACUCCACAUGCUGCAAAUGUCACAGGGCACCGCCUUCUUGUGAGUGUCAUGUCUGGCAAGCCCAAAGUGAUCUCCUGCCCCUCCUGCAUCAGGCUCCACAGUGAGCAUUCACUAGAAGAAGAAAGGAACCCCAGAGUUGGGAAAGAUGCAAAGUUUGUCAAAGCCUCCAAAUGGGGCCGGAAUAUUUGGAAGGAUGGUGUCAGCGAGGCUUAUGUAAGCUGUGCCUGGUGUUUUGCAGAUGGGCAGGAGAGUGCUGUGCACAGGAGUGAGGCCAUGUCCCACAAAGUUCCACAGGAGGGAAGUUCUCAGGGAACACAUAUGCCUAGCCAGCAGCGAGAAUGGGCAAUUCUGCCCAAUGUUCCAGUGACCUUGGAGCAGCAACCAAUGAUUUCUUUUUCCUGGGCACCUCGUGAUCCAUCUUUCAGGCCCAAAAGAUUUUCAAGUGUGAUCCUGCAACCCAGUGCUCCCCCUGGCCCUCUUCUUCUGCAGCCACAGGUCCCUAAUGCCACCAAGCAGGAUUCUGUUGUUGCUGUCUUAGAGUGGCAGAGGAAGCUGGAGGCUGCCAAGGCCCUGUUGGCCCUGAAGAACUCUUCUCAGGAUCCUCGUGAUUCUGCCUCUCUGCAACGUCAUGGCAGCAUGCCAGGUGAUGAUGGAGAGAGAGGAAUUCAGCCUCCUAGUUCCCACCUGCCACCAAAGCCUGCCAGCUCUGUCUCACUUUCUGGACAUCUGGAGUGCAUGUCCUACUUGACCUGA